AUGGGGCAGCCUCAAGAGGACGAGCGCCGGCUGGAGAGUGGUCUGAUUACCAGCGAUGGCAAGCUACGGUGCGCUCGGUGUUCACGCAGUUUCAAGCGUCCAGAGCACCUCAAGAGACACGAGCGAAGCCAUGAAGGGCUCAGGAGCUUUUCCUGUUCCGUUUGCGACAAGAAGUUCGCUAGAAGUGACAUUCUCGCGCGACACUCAUCCAUCCACAAGCAACCGCAGACGGCCGGGCCCAACUCAUCCAAGGAUGGUGAAGAUAGGAGGCGCCGUGCCUGUACUGAAUGCGCGAGGGCUCGAGAGAAAUGCACAAGAGCUUUGCCCUGCAUGCGAUGCUCCGGGCGGUCUCUGGAGUGCGUCUAUCCCGAAAGGCAAGCGCGGCACACCGGCAAAUCACCAGAGGCUUUCGAAGAACAAAUGAGUUACUCCGCUCCCUUCGAGAACUCCACCCGCGGUCGGCGCAACGUAGAAGCAAAUCACGAUGCGACACCUGACGUGCCCUAUUUCGAUGCGCCUCGGGGAGAUGGAAACAGUCCACUUACUUCAGAUCAGCUCGUUGGCGAUGCCUUCAUGGCAAACUCGUAUAGCCCUCUGCGCAGCUCCCGAUUCCGAGCACCGGACUCGGCAAAUGCCCACGAUCUGGCCAACCUCGAUCUCCGUGAACCUAGGCCGUCCACACCACAGUUCUAUCGCAAUGAUGUCCCCGUGCCCGUGACGGAGAACUUCAUGUAUGCUCCAUCUGUUUAUGAUGCGACUCUGGGCUUUGCAAUGAAUUGGCUUCCCGCAAAUGACGCCAUCGAUGUCGAUUUCAGUUCCAUUCUCGGAUUGGGCUUAUCUCCUAACAUGGACGACCCAGAAUAUCACGAUCAGACACGAAGUAUUCAGACAGCUCUGUACGAGACCGUGCGCAACAGUUUCAAUCGACUUUGUCUUGCCUCAAACCCGGUGCAUCGGCCCUUCGAGUCCGUCCACUUCCCAUCCAUCCAGCACCUCAACUUCUUUCUUGGCUUAUAUUUCGAUCAAUUCGCGGGCUCACUCCCGAUUAUACACGAGCCGACGUUCAACGUGAACAGCUAUUGGCCGUUAACCUUGGCUAUGGCUGCUAUUGGCUGCCAAUACACUCAGACACACGAGUUUUGGAGCUGUGUGGCGCCGAUUCAUGAGUUCUUGAGAAGGGUUCUCAUUACGGAACAGGAGAACAGAAGCGGCUUUGGCGACGAUGACACACCAUUUAUUCAAGCUCUGCUACUCAGUCAAGUAGGCAUGCUUUAUUGUGGAUCAUCGCACUUGCAAGCUCUUGCAAAAAGGAGGCAUGGCGAGUUGGUCAGCCUUGUCAAACUAAACGGCCUCAUGAGUAUAACUGGCGAUCACAAUCGUGACUUGAGCUGGGCUACCCAAGAUCACAGACGCUGGGUUGGUUGGUUGGCGGUAGAGACCAAACGGCGUCUAGCUUACUCCAUAGUGUUACUCGAUUGCAUGAUGUCGUAUCAUUUCAGACUUGAUGCCAACCUUUUACUAGAAAUGUCACAGAGCGAUCUCCCUCACGAUGGGCUCUGGUUUGCAACACCAGGUCCUCUGUGGGACGAGCUCUAUGAGAAAACAGAGCGUAACCCAUCUCUGUUCACCGCCGUGCACCAUCUCUUUACAGACAAGCACGUAAAAGGCGACCUAGGCGAGUUUGGUCGCAUCAUCCUUCUUCAUGGCGUAUAUCGUGAAGUGUUCCACGUCAAAGACUACAUCACACGACCGCUUUCUUCUUGGAUUCCAUCUGCGGAGCCACUCCACGGCGCAAGCCAGGGAGGCAACAAACAUACGGACAGGAACAAGGGGAAAUGGCUCGCGGACGUGUCCAUCUUUUCGAGCUGGCGCAAUGCGGCCAUGGACUGCGUCGACACGCUCCACUGGGGUGCCAACGCUACCAUAGCACUGCUUUCGGGGGCUGAGCACUCGACGGUCAUGCAUCUGCAUUUAGCCCGCGUAGUGCUGUUUGCACCCUACGAUCAAAUAAUGACGCUCGCCCUUUCGGUAGCGUUUUCCCGAAACCCAGAGCACGCCGGGCGACAGACCCCAACUCGGGAUGAGGCAGUUGCGGCUGAGCACGAGGUUCUACAGUGGGCACAGCGUGAUGGAUCAAAGGCUCGCCUCGCAGCUCUGCACAGCGGCUGUUUCUACUGGCAUAUUCGGCGGUAUUCCACCAUGGCGUUCUAUGAACCUGUGUCCGUAUUUUUGGCCUCUCUCACUCUCUGGGCGUACAGCUACUAUACUUCGAGAGUGACUGCCCAGCGAUGCCAGUCUUCUGGGGACGAUGAGGAGGCCAGGAGCGGGAGCUUGUCUCGGCAAGUAUCACCAGAGGUCCAAGGCACCUACCACAGCUACUCGGGCGCGUCGCCUUCGACAUCCAGAGCAUCGCAAUCACGCCAUCUGCAUGCGUCGCCGCGGCCGUCUACGUACACAUCUGAUCCGGACCCGACGUUUAUUCGGCUUGACCGUCCCAAUGACGACGAGAUGGUGCAGCUGUUCGUGCGGUCGGCCAAAAUGAGGGCACACAUCACGGGAGUCGGGGAUGUCUGCGCGGCGGAGGGGCCGGUGCGGAUCUUGCGCGAGGCGAGGAAAAUACUCGCGACGGUGUCGGUGGCGUGGGGCCGGACGAGGGAGUAUCAUGAUAUUUUAGAGGCAAUGGAACAAGCGACAAUGACGCGGGCGAGCGACGAGAGGGUUGGGCUGCAAGCCAUGGCAUGA